AUGACUCCACAGAGAAUCUGUGCAUUGUCUGCGUCUCUACCACUCUCCUUCCACCAAGAGGUCCACCAUCUGACCGCUACUGUUUCCUUCAUAAAUCAAUAUUUCAUUACUCAGAAGAUGGCGAAUUACACUUGCCCAUCAUGUAAAAAGAAGAAGCUGAAGUAUCUUCUUAAAGAUAGCUGGAAAUUCUUCAUUAAUCCACUAUAUUUUAUUCUCAAACAUUCUUGCAAUUAUACUGCAAUGUUUCCUAUUUUCUCGAAUAUGGUUUUCUGGCAUGUUUUCCCAAUUAUAGCCGUCCGUAUUCCAUUUCUUCUCUAUGCUGAUGUGAAUACAGCUAUAUUCGCUGUAAAAUAUCAAGGAUUGUGCGAAAUAAAAGUUGGACUGACUGGAGUUUUUGUGAUUAAUUUGAUUCUGAUUGCAGUUUGUAUAUGGAAGGAUUACGAUCCUAUUUGGAAGCUAUGUUAUGCAGUUUAUCACAAUGUCGUCCCUUUGAUGUGUUGCUCCCUCAUUUUUUCAAGCAGUUAUUUCAACGAGUACUACGUUCAAGUACCUUACGAUAAAAUGCCAUUUGCAAAGCUGAAUCUUUAUGUGGUUGUUUUGGGAAUCAUUCAUUGUAUGUUGGCUGUUCUUGUUGUUCGAAAUGUCCCAAAUUAUCCGGAAUGUUUAUGUAUGUUGGCUGCCUCAUUCUUCUUUUCAUGUGAUCUUUAUUGUGUGUACACAGUGAAAAGUUACAUGCUCCGAGAACAUAUUCAUUACAAAUGGCAACGAAAACCAGAGGAAGGAGUGUAUAAGCACAUCACUGUUGGAAAAUUGAAAGUGGAUAAAAUUUCUCCGGUAAUGAAUCUGGAUGUGACUACCGUCUGA